AUGGCCAAGGCUCCCCCCCAGUUCUUCACCCUUUCUGACGGUCGCAAGAUCCCCUCCGUCGGCCUCGGCACCGUGAGUCGCUGCCGCGCUGGAACCUGCCUCGGGAGCUCGACCGAGCUCGUGAGAGCAUGCAGGAACCACUGCGAGCGCAAAGGAGAGCUUCCCAGCUCCACACUGAAUGUGAACCGAGCUGACGCUGUGCCCCCGAAACCGUUGAAAACGCUUCCACCAUCAUCACCCAUCCAAUUCACCACCGCCACACCCCCCGCCCACCUUCCAUCCACCUCUCACGCAUCCGCAUCCAUCGCAACAGUGGCAGUCCAAGCCCGGAGAGGUCGCCAAGGCGGUCGAGACCGCGAUCAAGGUGAGUCUAGCCGUGUGGCGGACGGUGGAAUCGAGUUAUGGCCGGUCACGUGGCACACCACCCGGCCACCUCCCCACGAGACCUCUACUCCUUUCCAUCGUCCCUCACGCCUUCCAACGCACCUCAAGAGCUUCGCUAACGCGCAGGCUGGCUAUAGGCACAUCGACUGCGCAUGGGCGUACGGCAACGAGGCCGAGGUUGGUCAGGGUAUCAAGGCCUCUGGCAUCCCCCGUGAGGAGCUCUGGAUCACCUCCAAGCUUUUCGAGCUCCACCAUCACCCCGAGCACGUUCCCCUCGCCAUCAAGGACACCCUCAAGAACCUUGGUGUCGAGUACCUUGACCUCUACCUCCUCCACUGGAACGUCGACGCCCCCGAGGGCGUUCUCCCCCAGUUCGAGCACGUCAAGACUGCUCCCAACGGCAAGCGCCUCCUCGACGUCCCUCUCUCGGACAACGUUCUCCCCACCUGGCGUGCGAUGGAGAAGCUCGUCGACGAGGGCCUCGUCAAGUCGAUUGGUAUCUCCAACUUCAACAUCCACCGCACCAAGGACCUCCUGAAGGAGGCUCGCAUCAAGCCCGUCGCCAACCAGGUCGAGCUCUCGAUCCAGUGCCCCCAGUUCGAGCUUGUUGACUGGCUCCACAAGAAGGACAUCCUUCCCCAGGGCUACUCGCCUCUCGGCGGUACCGACGGCGAGGCUCUCCGCAACAACGAGCAGAUCAAGAAGAUUGCCGAGAAGCACGGCGUCGAGGGUGCCAACGUCCUCAUUUCGUGGCUCGUCUACCGCGGUAUCAACCCCCUCCCCAAGUCGGUCACCCCCAAGCGUAUCGAGAACAACCUUAAGCUCGUUACUCUGUCCGACGAGGAGAUCAACUCGAUCAACGAGCUCGCCAAGUCGACUCCUCCCAAGCGUGUCUGCGACCAGUCCGACCUCUACGAGCCCUACUACGACAUCUACCAGGAGAAGGACCCCAAGUACAACGACAAGGUCCAGGCCCAGUCCGACUAA